AUGGGAGACCCGAGUGAGGAGGCGGCGGAGAUUGAAGACAACUGGGCUGAAGCUAACAGUGGCAGGGUGAGUUGGAUCAUGAACAAGGGAUUGGGACUUGGAAAAAAAAUUCUGGUCACUGCUAUUGUAAUUUCUUCUGCACCAUUGCUUCUUCCACCGCUUAUGGUUAUUUCAGCAAUUGGCUUUGCCUUUUGUGUUCCAUGUGCCGUUGUCUUGGCAAGUUAUGCUUGCACUAAGAAGCUCAUGAGUAAGUUGCUUCCUUAUAGUACACCUCCUCUUUUGUUGGAAAAUGGCACAUUAAUGUCAAAUGAUGAUGAAGAAGAAGAAGAGCAGGGUGAGGAACAGGGAGGAAAGAUUGAUACCGAAAAGGAGGAAGGAUGGGAUAGUGGGGAUAUACUGGGAGGAGGCAAGAUGAGAAUCGAAUUAGUAGAGGAGGAAAAUGAGGAAAUUUUUGAGGAAGGGAGAAUUGAGGAGGGGGAUGAGUGUGUGCAAGAGGGUGUUGAGAAGAAUGCACAAGAAUAUUUUGCUGAAAACGAAAAUAGAUAUGAGGAGGAUGUUGGUGAGUCUACGGAUGUGGAGGAAAUGCUCAUAUUGGAUAACACUAAUGUGGUGAAUAUUGAAGGACUGAUUCAGGAUUAUAAGGAUGAUACCUUGCUAGAUGAGAAUUCAGUCAGCGACAUGUACGGAUUGGUGUCAAAUGUAGUUGAGGGUGCUGAGGAAAUAGGACUGACACCAAUUGAAGUGACUGCCAUAGUAAUGGAAGAAAGUGGGGAUCAAGAAACUGCAAGUAACACUGCCGAAGAGGAGGAAUUGGUGGAAGAGACAAGGGAAUUGCUAGAAAAAAUUGGGGAUGAAGGCAAUGCUGAUAAUGCAAUGGAUUUGGAAAAGCAGUAUACAGGAGAAGUUGAAGGGGGUAAGGAGGUAAGAGAUCAACAAUUUGAUUGGAAUGCGGAAGAGAGAGAGAUACUAGUUGAAGAUAAAAUUUCGGAUAUUAGAUUAGAAAAACCUACUGGUACCAUGGACGGCGGAGUAGGCAGAGUUCUGAAAGAGUGUGAAGAUAUGCAAGAACCCCAAGAAAUGAAACAUGUGAACGAUGCAAACACUACUACUGUUUCUGGGCAUGUCAAACCAACUGGAGAUAUAGGGAGUGUUUUGGAAAGCAAGAAUGCUGACAAUAAUUUAGAGGCAGAGAAGCCAAUAGGGGAAGCCAAUGAUGUUGGCAACGCUUUAGAGGCAGAAACGAGAAAUUUGAGGCCUGUGAUGAGCAGCAUCGUGGAAGACAAGCAAAAGCCUGUGAUAAGCAAGGAGGAAAUAGUACUACAAGGAGGGAGAGCAGAGGAUAAUGUCAAUAACUUAGAUUUUCAGUUGAUCAGAGAGAAGGAAACUGUGGUUUCCUCAAAUAUAGAUGCAAGAGAGAUUGCUGAUGAAAGUGGGCUUCAUUUGUUUGAUGAGAAGAAUGUAUCUGGUCAGCAAUAUACUUCUUAUGAAACUUCUGAAGGUCAUGGGGGUGAUGAAGGUGCGGAUUUCGCAGAGCUUCCUGUUUCACACAGGGCACAUGAAUCUACAGAUGCUGUGAUAUCUUCUGGAAAGGACGUCAGCAUGCAUCCAAACGGGGUACCGUACGAUGAGGCAAAAAUAUGGAGACAGAUUGAUGCUAUACGAAGAAUAGUAGGAUACAAAGCCACACCCCAUGCAACAUGCAUAGAGGAACUCAAGGCUCUUUACCUGUUCACUGGUGUGGAACCUCCUGCAUCAUUUGGUGACCAUCCUGAUCUUGCACAAGUCAAUGACAAACUUCGCAUUCUCAUGUCCAUAAUUGGAGUUAAGCUAGACUGA